UGUUCAACUCCCUCUCCCCAACGCAAUAAUUGUGUUCUGGUGACGUAUAAAGAACAGAAACCUGGAAAGUAUUAAGGGAACCCUGGUGUGCAGAGUUCAGCCAUAAUGGCAGUUGCAUUUCCGGACGGUAGGUCGACUCUAAUUGUGAGCUGGAAGCAAAACUUUACUGUGGAAGAGCUCGAAGGGUUCCUUUACGUUCAUUUCAAAGAUUUGGCGCAUAGCUUUCAAGCCGACUGUGAGCUCAAGAAACUGGACUCCCAGCAAAUUCUGGUUAUCUUGACAAGAACAACGAGAGAAGUGUUAAACAGUAUUGCUGAAAAUAAACAUAUCACAUAUAAAAAUGAAGAGAUUGAACUUGACAUCAAAAUCCCAGUUGACGAUGUUUUUAUCGGAGAUCAAGAAAAGUUAGAUGAGGAGAAAGAAACGGUUUUUGAGAGUGAUGAUAAGCAUUAUAUUGAACAAGCCACAUUUGAGCAAGAGAUGGAAACUUUCCAGGAACUCAAACCUGAAGAAAUAGAAACUCAGAAGUUCAAGGAGGAAGAGGAAGAUUCAAUACCUUUCAAACUUGAGAAGGAGGAAGGGACUGAAAUGCUCAUCAAAGUUUGCGGUGGAGAUUAUCCCUUUUUGGAAUGUGCUCAAUCUUGGAUCACUAAUUUCCUUCUGACACCUGAAGAACACCUCACCAUAGAAAAUAAAAGCAUCAAUUACUUUACAGUAGCUGAAAAUGAAACUUUAUUGGACCUUAAAGAGAAGAACCAGAUAAACAUGAAAGAAACAGUGAAUGAAAUGGGGUCAUUCAUUGAGCUAAAUGGACCUCACUUCCGCAUUUUAGAAGUGGCACUUCAUGUUGAAAAGAUACUUUGUGAUUUACAGGAAGAAAUAGCACAUGUGAUAGAAAGUGAACUUGUACAAUUCCAUGUGCAGUGGAUCUAUAUAAGCAAGGAUCAGGAAAAUAAAUAUGAACUUAAUGAAAACUUCAUUCUAGAAAUGGCCUUCCUGGACAAAAAAAAUUUUGAGAGUAUUGAAGUGGGUGGUACCGAGCAGACGGUGUAUUUUCAACGAUUUAUGGCAUUGAACGAUCAAAGGGAACAAUUUAAGAUUGAAAGAGUCAUCCAAGGGAAAGAUGAUUAUUUGAAGAAACUACCAAGUAACUGGGGUCCUCCUAAUGGUUCACUGUUUCAAAAAGUGCCAAUGCAUAUUACCAGUCCGGAAUUUCAAAAGCUAAUUAGUGAUCUUGCAGAUGUAGGCCUCGACGUUUUGAAGAUUGACAGAAUAGAGAAUCCUGUUUUGUGGAAUUGCUAUUUACUUAAGAAAGAGCAAGAUGCAGCUGCCUCAAGGAUUGAAAGCCAAGUCAGUGUCCUCUACAAGUGGAUUCCAGCUCAAUUUUGCAGCUUUGUCUGUAGAAUUGGAUUUCAUGAAAUAUAUUCACCAGAAAAUAAGAGAAAAUAUGGUGAUGGGAUCUACUUCAGCAAUGAUGUGAAACAACUCAUGAAAGAAGUCACUGAAGUUGGGAAAAUAAUUCACAUCUUUGAGGCUGAAGUUUUUAUUGGCAGCUGUUGCAAAACUUGCCCAUCUCAUAUUUCAUCAGCACACAGAGAUUUUGAUUGUUAUGAAUUCAGUGAGAACAGCAAAGACAAUGCAAAUCCAUCCAAAACUUAUGUUAUUUUUAACAGUGUUCACGCUUAUCCAAAAUACCUUAUUGCAUGCAGAAGGCAGAUGAACUAG